AUGGCAUUCAUUAAUAUAAAACAACCAUGUAUUAAAUGCAGUAAAGGUGCUGGAAUAACGACAUGUAAUGGUUGUCAACAAACAUAUUGUAUUAACCAUUUUAAUGAACAUCGACAAGAACUUGCUAAUCAAAUGGAGAAUAUAGGCCAAAAGCGUGAUCUUCUUCGACAAACUUUAGAUGAGAACAUAACAGAACAUCCUCUUUUUUGUCAAAUUAAUACAUGGGAACAAGAAUCUAUUAAUAAGAUUCAUAUAGCAGCAGACACGGCACGAGCUGAACUUCGAGAAUUACUCGAUCAAACUAAAACUGAACUAGAAAAAUCCAUUAAUCAGUUGACAGAAGAACUUCGAUCUAGUCGAGAAUUCGAUGAUUAUACAGAAAUGGAUAUUAAAAAAUGGACUCAACAAUUACGAAAACUUCGCAAAACGCUUAAAUCAUCAUCGACUGUUUUUAUUUCCAAAAAUGACUCACGAAAAUUAGUAAUUCCAUUAAUCACUGUACAUAAUCAACAAAUACAAUAUCACUCUUCUGAUCUGACUCUAGAAAAUUUUCAAAAUCAUAUUCUUGCUGUUGAAAAACCUAUUUUUUCUCAUGAAAGAUUUGAUGAGAUUAUUGGAAAAGCGAUAACAUCCAAAGAAUGUCUUGUUGUUACAUGUAAUGCAAGGUUUCUUUCUUUUCCAAUUAUUUAUGGUAAUAAUCGUUACACAUCUGGAACACAUCAUAUACAUUAUGGAAUUGAUAAAAUUGGAAAUUCACGUAUAUUUUUUGGAAUUACUUCAUCGUGUAAUAAGAUAACAGAAGAUAGUGUCAGCGAUACAUCUGUUAAUGGAUGGUGGGAUUUAGCUAGAGUUGUCGUCAAUGGUGAAGCUCAAAAAAGUGGCGAUCAAAAAUUCAUUAUAAUGGGUGAUGAUGUAACAUUGAUAUUAGACUGUGAUAAUCGACAGAUUCAGCUAGAACAUAAUCGGACAAAACGACUAGUUCAUUUAUUUAUCGAUGUCGACAUCUGUCCAUUUCCUUGGAAAACAGUCAUUAAAUUAGGAUCGCAAGGAGAUUCUAUUCGUAUUCUUCAAUGA